GAGAGCAAAGGAAGAUCAGACGUCACCACUACUGACUCGUCUUCCUCCCACCUCGGUCGCGCCCCACGAUUAACUCCGCCCCUUCUCGCCUCUUCCUUCGUGCUAACUACUACCGCCGCCGCCGCCGCCGCCGACGCCAAAUCCCCAAACCCUAGCUCCGCCCUCGGCCUCGCCGCCGCCCGCCGCCAUGGCGGAGACCGUCGACGACAAGGUCAGCUACUUCCAGGCGGUCACCGGCAUCUCCGACCACGACCUCUGCACCGAGAUCCUCGCCGCCCACAACUGGGACCUCCAGCUCGCCGUCUCCUCCAUCACCGCCAACCCCUCCUCCCCCGACCCGGCCCCCUCCGCGCCCCUGCCCCCGCUGGCACCGAGGGAGGCGGAUUUGGUCGCGCCGCACCUGCCUCCGCCUCCGCAGCAGCAGCAGCAGCAGCAGCAGCCGGGGAUCGCGUGGAAGCUCGUGACGCUCCCCUUCUACGUGGUCUCCGGUGGGGUUGGGCUCAUCGCCGGUUCGAUCCGUCUCGGUGCCUGGGUCGCCGGAGGUGUGCUGUCUCGCUCCCUCUCCAUCCUCGGCCUCGCGCAGGGCGGGGGCGGAGGAGGCGACCGGCUUCUCGAGCUGCCCCCGUCGGCGGCCGAGGCGGCUGACUUCGUGGCGGAGUUCGAGCGCGAGUUCGGCGCCGGCCGUGGCCCCCACUUCGUCGCCGAGGGCUUCGCGGAUGCGUUGCAGCGUGCGCAGCGCGAGUACAAGCUUCUCUUCGUGUACCUGCACUCCCCUGAUCACCCGGACACCCCUGCCUUCUGCGGUGGCUGCCUCUGCGCUGAGCCAGUCGCGGCCUUCAUAGAUGAGAACUUCGUUGCGUGGGGUGGUAGCAUCAGGAGGACUGAAGGGUUCAAGAUGAGCAACAGCCUGAAUGCAUCGAGGUUCCCUUUCUGCGCGGUGGUCAUGGCGUCUACGAACCAGAGAAUUGUGUUGUUGCGGCAGAUUGAGGGGCCCAAAUCACCUGAAGAGAUGAUAACAACUCUUCAAGGGGCAGUUGAAGAAUGCAGUGCAUCACUCGUUGCUGCUAGGAUUGAUGCUGAAGAGAGGCUAAACAAUCAACGCUUGCGUGAGGAACAAGAUGCUGCUUAUAGAGCUGCACUUGAAGCUGAUCAGGCCAGGGAACGCCAACGGAGAGAGGAGCAGGAAAAGCGUGAAAGAGAGGCUGCAGAGGCUGAGAGAAAGCGCAAAGAAGAAGAGGAGGCUCAAGAAAGGGCUGCCCAAGAAGCAGCUGAGAAAGAAGCCGCUCUUGCAAGGAGGAGACAAGAGAAGGCCAUGGCUCUUGGAGCAGAACCUGAGAAAGGACCAGAUGUUACUCGAGUUCUUAUAAGAUUUCCAACUGGAGAGCGCAAAGAAAGGAGAUUCAACAGUUCCACUACCAUCACUUCACUGUAUGACUAUGUUGAUUCUUUGGACUGCUUGAAAGCAGAGAAGUACAGCCUAGUUUCGAACUUCCCGAGGGUGACAUACGGUCCAGAAAAACUCUCCCAAACGCUGGAGGAAGCAGGUUUGCAUCCGCAGGCGAGCUUGUUUAUUGAGAUAGAACAAUGAGGUGUUAAGUUUGUAAGUUCUGAACGGAAACCUGCAGGUAUAGGUGCUCCUUUUACAAUUUAUUUAACAACAGUGAGGAACUUCUUGUAUGACAUUAUACUGAGAAAUGUCUUCGAUGCAAAUCUUCUUUUGUGCUUCUCAUUUAUAUUCAAUAAAUUCACCUUCACCCAGAUCAA